AUGCCUCAAACAAUCCACUGCUAUUUCGGAGGGCACUGUCAUGGCUCGAUCAAGGAAACUCCAACAGGAGCACUGCUGUCAACUAGCGACUUUUUAGUGCAGAAAGUCUGCUCGCUGCAUGCAUCUGUAGCAAGAUUGAAGCUAUACGUCAGAGAGCCGGGUAUAACGACGGGCCUGCAUGUGGCUAAAAAUUUUGGCGUGCGUCUCGUAUUGUCGCUGGGCUCUGGCAACAAGGCUAGAAGCUUACGCAACAAUGCCGGUUCCGGAAAUAAAGAUUCUGGCUCGAGCAUCGGCAGAGAAAUUUAG